GUGUUUAUGUUUUUCUUCAUCUUUUCAGAAAGGGGAUGUUUGGGAAGCUGAAGAAGAAGAAGAAUAAAGCAGAGAAGGGGUUGAUCCUAGCCAACAAGGCUGCCCAAGAUGGUCAAGGUGAAGCUGAAGCACCGGAGGAGCGCCCUUCUCACCAGGACAGAGCGGGAGGAGAUUUGAUUUAUGAUGACACGUCUAUCCCUCCUGUCCCCUCAGCAACUCCAAAGAGAAGAUCAAAACUGAUGACUAAGAUCCACGAUGGGGAGGUCAGAUCCCAAAAUUAUCAAAUCGCCAUAACCAUCACCGAGGCCCGCCAGCUGGUGGGCGAGAACAUCGACCCGGUGGUGAUCAUUGAGGUUGGGGACGAGAAGAAGCAAAGCACAGUGAAGGAGGGAACCAACAGCCCAUUUUACAAUGAAUACUUUGUCUUCGACUUCAUUGGGCCCCAAGUGCAUCUUUUUGACAAGAUCAUCAAAAUCUCAGUUCUGCACCACAAGCUGAUAGGAAGCAUACUGAUCGGGGCCUUCAAAGUGGACCUGGGCACCGUGUACAACCAGCCUGGUCAUCAGUUCUGCGACAAGUGGGCCCUGCUCACAGACCCCGGUGACAUCAGGACUGGCACGAAGGGGUACCUGAAGUGUGACAUCAGCGUGAUUGGGAAGGGCGACGUCUUAAAGACCAACCCGAAGACCCCCGAUGCUGAGGAGCAAAUAGAAAAGAACCUUUUGAUCCCUCAAGGCUUCCCGUCAGAGAGGCCCUGGGCCAGAUUCUACGUGAGGCUGUACAGAGCAGAAGGGCUGCCCAAAAUGAACUCCAGCAUCAUGGUGAAUGUCACCAAAGCGUUUGUGGGUGACAGUAAGGACCUCGUGGAUCCCUUCGUGGAGGUCUCCUUUGCUGGGCAGAUGGGGCGAACCACGGUGCAGAAGAACUGCGCCGAUCCCGUGUGGCACGAGCAGGUGGUCUUCAAGGAGAUGUUCCCUCCCUUGUGUCGGAGGGUGAAAAUCCAGGUGUGGGAUGAAGGCAGCAUGAACGAUGUAGCCCUGGCAACCCAUUUCAUAGACCUGAAGAAAAUCUCCAAUGAACAGGAUGGAGAUAAAGGCUUCCUGCCUACCUUCGGGCCCGCCUGGAUUAACCUGUACGGCUCACCCAGGAACCACAGCCUGAUGGACGACUACCAGGAACUGAAUGAAGGCUUUGGAGAAGGCGUGUCAUUCCGGGGCCGAAUUUUGGUAGAAAUCGCUGUGGAAAUCCUCUCAGGAGGGGCACAGGAGUCUAAAUUUUCCAAGGCGCUCAAGGACCUCAAGCUGUCUUCGAAAGACAAAGACUCGAAAUCUUCCAAGGGCUCCAGUAAGGACAAGGGCGACAGAACUGAUGAUGCGAAACCCCAGCCGGCUUCGGACAAAACCAACUCCACUGAUGUUGAAGUAGAACCUUUUGACGUACCCCCAGAGAUUGUACCAGAAAAAUAUGAGGAAUUUUUACUCUUUGGAGCAUUUUUUGAAGCUACCAUGAUUGACCGGAAGAUUGGAGAUAAACCCAUCAGCUUCGAAGUUUCCAUUGGUAAUUUUGGGAACUUGAUCGAUGGAGGGUCCCAUCACGGGAGCAAGAAGAAGUCGGCGGAGUCGGCUGAAGAAGACGCCCUUCCGCUGCUGCAGGAAGGAGAAAGGGGCGCAGCCCCCGAGGCGGCCGUCCCCAUGGCCUCCACCACUCGCCCAGAGAAGCCCCUCGUGACGGAAGGGAACAGGAAUUACAACUACUUGCCAUUUGAGGCCAGGAAGCCCUGCGUCUACUUCACCAGUUCCUGGGGGGACCAGACGUUCAGGCUGUACUGGUCCAACAUGCUGGAGAAGAUGGCAGACUUGCUGGAGGAAAGCAUAGAAGAGGUGAGAGCCUUGGUCAAGGUUUCGGAGGAAGCACCGGAGGAGAAGAUGAAGACGGUGCUCGGCGACUUCAUCAGUCAAAGCAGUGCCUUUAUCUCUGAAGCAGAGAAAAAGCCCAAGAUGCCGAACCAAACUACUUUAGAUAAGAAACGACUUACGCUCUGUUGGCAGGAGCUGGAGGUGAUGGCCAAGAAGGCCAAGGGGAUCAUUCAGCAGCAGAAGAAAAAGUUAUCACUCAAUGAAAUGAUCCAUGAAGCCCAAAAUUUUGUGGAAAAAAUCCGCUUUCUUGUGGAUGAGCCGCAGCACACCAUCCCCGACGUCUUCAUCUGGAUGCUCAGCAACAACAAGAGGGUCGCGUACGCCCGCAUCGCCUCCAAAGACCUGCUCUACUCCCCCGUCAGGGAGCAGAUGGGCAAGUACUGUGGAACCAUCAAAACUCAUUUCCUCAAACUCCCUGGAAAACGGGCCGCUGGCUGGUCGGUGCAAGCCAAAGUCGACGUGUACCUGUGGCUGGGCUCCAGCAGACACUCGGGCGCCAUUCUGGACAACUUGCCAGCGGGCUAUGAAGCAGAAGUGUCGUCCUCAGUGGCCGGCUCCAGCCACCCUCCAGCCAGCCUGGUCUACCAAGACCGGCACAUCUUUCAGCUGAGAGCGCACAUGUACCAAGCCCGGGGCCUGAUCGCGGCCGACAGCAACGGACUUUCAGACCCAUUUGCCAAGGUCACGUUCCUUUCCCACUGCCAGACCACAAAGAUCAUUUCCCAGACUCUCUCCCCGACCUGGAACCAGAUGCUGCUGUUCAAUGACCUGGUGCUGCACGGAAACCAUAAGGAGCUGGCGGAGGCCCCGCCUCUGGUGGUGGUGGAGCUGUAUGACAGUGACGCGGUGGGAAAGCCAGAGUACUUGGGCGCCACCGUGGCUGCUCCUGUGGUGAAGCUGGCGGACCAGGACUAUGAGGCGCCCAGGCUGAGCUAUCACCCCAUCUUUUGUGGGAACCUCUCUGGAGGGGACCUCCUUGCCGUGUUUGAGCUGUUACAGGUCCCUUCGUCUGGGCUGCAAGGGCUCCCUCCCAUUGACCCGCCGGAUGUCACCCAGAUCUACCCGGUCCCUGCCAGCAUCCGGCCCGUGCUGAGUAAAUACCGAGUGGAGGUUCUCUUCUGGGGCGUCCGAGAGAUGAAGAAGGUGCAGCUGCUCUCGGUGGACCGUCCGCAGGUUCUCAUCGAGUGUGCGGGACGAGGAGUCAAGUCCUGUGUGAUCCAGAGCUACAAGAACAACCCAAACUUCAGCAUCCAGGCCGACGCUUUCGAAGUGGAGCUGCCUGAGAAUGAGCUGCUGCACCCGCCCCUGAGCAUCUGCGUGGUGGACUGGAGAGCUUUCGGGAGGAGCACCCUGGUGGGCACCUACACCAUCAACUGCUUGAAGCAGUUCUUGUGUAAAUCCAGGGAGCGCCUCGCCCUCCCCUCACAGGUGGAUGGAACCCAAGCUGGGCAAGACUUGCUGCUGGCCACUGAGCCCUCUGGGCCCCUCAGCUCCUCCCAGGAGCCCCCAACAGAUCACAUUUAUGUGGAUGUAGAGCCACCGGCCACAGCGGUGCCGGACCCUGCCCAGGUUCAGCUGGCUGGCCUGGUGGACGUCCCUGACUCGUCCCCUAUGCUGGAGCCGGAACACACACCCACAGCCCAGGAGCCGCCAAAGGAUGGGAGAGCUAAGGAUGCCAGGAAAUCUUGCCGGAGGUCUAGCAAAAGGAGAAAGAGGACCAUAGCGGAUGAAUCUGCUGAGAACGUCAUCGACUGGUGGUCCAAAUACUAUGCUUCCCUGAAGAAAGCACAGAAGGAAAAGGAGAGAAAUCGCAAAGAGAAAAAUGGCGAUACAGAGGCAAAACCAGAUGACGUCGUGGUGAAUAUAGAAGAAGGCCCAAAGAGGAAGAAAGACAAAUUGCUCAAGAAGAAAGUCAAAGAAGAUGACAUCCCCAACCUGGCUGUCUUGAAGAUAUACGAUGGCGACCUCGAGAGUGAGUUUAAUAAUUUUGAAGACUGGGUGAAAACCUUCGAGCUCUUCAGAGGGAAGUCUACUGAAGACGACCAUGGCCUCGAUGGGGACCGAGUCAUAGGGAAGUUUAAGGGCUCUUUCUGCAUUUACAAAAGCCCCGAGGAUUCCAGCUCUGAGGACAGAGGACAGCUGAGAAUCCAGCAAGGGAUCCCACCCAACCACCCGGUCACAGUCCUGAUCAGGGUGUACAUUGUGGCGGCAUUCAAUCUCAGCCCCGCUGAUCCGGAUGGAAAAUCAGAUCCCUACAUCGUGGUCAGACUUGGCAAAACGGAAAUCAAAGACCGAGACAAAUACAUCCCCAAACAGCUGAACCCCGUAUUUGGAAGGUCAUUUGAGAUCCAGGCCACGUUCCCAAAGGAGUCCCUGUUGUCCGUCCUGAUCUACGACCACGACAUGAUCGGGACAGACGACCUCAUCGGCGAGACCAGGAUCGACCUGGAGAACCGCUUCUACAGCAAACACCGAGCCAUCUGUGGCCUCCAGAGCCAGUACGAGAUAGAAGGAUACAAUGCCUGGAGAGAUGCAUCCAAACCCACUGAAAUCCUCACCAAGCUUUGCAAAGACAACAAGCUGGAUGGACCCUACUUUCGACCUGGGAAAAUACAGAUCGGGAACCAGGUCUUUUCUGGAAAGACAGUCUUCAGUGAAGAGGACACUGAUGAGACGGUGGAGUCUUAUGAGCACUUGGCCCUCAAGGUUUUACACUCUUGGAGUGACAUCCCAGAGGUGGGGUGCAGGCUGGUUCCUGAGCACAUCGAAACCCGGCCGCUGUACCACAAGGACAAGCCAGGAAUGGAGCAGGGCCGCCUACAGAUGUGGGUGGACAUGUUUCCCAAAGAUAUGCCUCAGCCGGGACCUCCUGUUGACAUUUCACCACGGCAACCCAAAGGAUAUGAAUUGAGAGUGACCAUCUGGAACACUGAAGAUGUUAUUUUAGAGGAUGAGAAUAUUUUCACAGGACAAAAGUCAAGUGAUAUUUAUGUUAAAGGGUGGAUAAAGGGCUUGGAAGACGACAAGCAGGAGACGGACGUGCACUACAACUCCCUGACCGGCGAGGGGAACUUCAACUGGCGCUUCCUGUUUCCGUUUCAGUACCUGCCCCCUGAGAAGCAGAUAGUCAUCACCAAGAGGGAGAACAUCUUUUCCUUGGAGAAGAUGGAGUGUAAGGUGCCAGCCGUGUUGGUGCUCCAGGUGUGGGAUUUUGAAAGGCUCUCCUCGGAUGACUUCCUGGGCUCCCUGGAAAUGAACCUCAAUAGUUUCCCCCGGGCAGCCAAGUCCGCCAAAGCCUGUGAUCUCACCAGGUUUGAAAAUACAAGCGAGGAGAACAAGAUCUCCAUAUUCCAGCAAAAGCGUGUGCGUGGCUGGUGGCCUUUCGCUAAAAGCAAAGAACUCACAGGGAAGGUGGAAGCCGAGUUCCACCUGGUUACCGCAGAAGAAGCUGAGAAAAACCCCGUGGGGAAAGCACGAAAGGAGCCAGAGCCCCUGGCCAAGCCCAAUCGCCCAGACACCUCCUUCUCCUGGUUCGUGAGCCCCUUCAAGUGCCUGUACCACCUCAUCUGGAAGAAUUACAAGAAGUACAUCAUCAUUGCUUUCAUUCUGAUCAUCCUCAUCAUCUUCCUGGUCCUCUUCAUCUACACCUUGCCAGGAGCCAUCAGCCGAAAGAUCGUUGUGGGCUCAUAGGGGGUCAUGGAGGACCAGACCCUCCCUUUCUACUAAUCCUCUCUUCUUCCUCACCUGUAAGCGUAUGAGAACCUGUGCUCUGUGCAGGCAUUGCACUGGGGGCUAAUGGGAUGAACCCAGAGGUCCAAGAACCAGUCCCUACGUGUAAGGACAGAUCAGGUCUUCUUGGAGGAGAUGGGAAGGGAGCAGUCCCUGCCAUCACAUUCAGAAGCUUGAGGUCAUGUUUCACCUGUGGGCAGCAUGAAAUAAUGACUCCUUCCCCUUGGGGUCAUCAACGGGGACCUCAUAUGGACUUAAGUGAAUGUUUUCUUUAUGCAACUGAUUUUAUCCUGAGAAGUUUAAUUCUGGGUCUGAGAUUUUAUUGGAAGUACUUUCUUUUAAAUAAAAACUUGACAGCAAAUAAACUGAACACAUGUUA